CAUGCGAAUUACUGAAAGAAUUUUAUAUGUGUAGGAGGAGUAUAUUCGGAAAUGUAAGAUAUAAUCUGUAUUUGUGCAAAACAAAUAAUAAUCUGGUAAUAAGAAGAAAUAAAUUAAUAAGCAAGAUCUUUUCCUCUUGUUUGCCUUUGCGCACACUAUUCUAAUGAAUGUGUAUUAAGAUCUUUGGAAAUGUUCGGAGUAUAGGUUAUGUUUGUUUAGUUUAUUGUGUUUUUUCUAUUUUUUUUUAUGGAGUAAAAGUGUGUUUCUUUCUCUCUCUCUCAGAUGUUAUGAUUGUAACCAUAUUUUAGUAGAAGUGAAUUUUUUUUAUCAAAAGAUAUUUUUUCUGAGCAAUCAUUGCCCUUUACGAAAAUGUUGCGAAAAAUAAACGGCUUACUACAAAUUACUACUUGUGGACACAGAAUAAGUAGCAGAUAUUUGAAUUUUGUUCCUAUUGUAGUGGAACAAAGUGGACGUGGUGAACGAGCAUAUGAUAUCUAUUCGCGUCUCUUGAAAGAGAGAAUCAUUUGUCUCAUGGGUCCAGUUACAGAUGUUGUAGCUUCUGCAGUAAUUGCUCAACUUCUUUUUCUUCAAUCAGAAAGUAGUAAAAACCCAAUUCAUUUGUAUAUCAACUCACCUGGUGGUAGUGUUACAGCAGGACUUGGAAUAUAUGAUACUAUGCAAUAUGUUCUUCCUCCUAUCUCUACAUGGUGCGUAGGUCAAGCUUGUUCUAUGGCAAGUCUACUUUUGGCAGCUGGAACCAAAGGCAUGCGCCAUUCUUUACCAAAUGCUAGAAUCAUGAUACAUCAACCAUCAGGAGGAGUACAGGGACAAGCUACAGAUAUCCAAAUCCAAGCCAAGGAAAUACUCAAAUUGAAGCAACAAAUCAAUGAGUUAUAUGUCAAACAUACUGGACAGAAAUUAGAAGAGAUAGUAAAGAAUACAGAGAGAGAUUAUUUUAUGAAUCCAACGCAAGCAAAAGAAUUUGGAAUUAUAGAUAAAGUACUGACCCAUCCUAUGCAAGAAACUGCAGAAACAGCAGAAAAAGACAAUACAAUAAAAUCUUAAUACUGCUGAUAGGAUAGGAUAGGACAGAAUGGGUUUACAGGUUUCACGUUAUUGUUAUAUUAUAACAAAUGCAUUAAAAAGGUGCAUCAUUGUUUAAUAAAAAAAAACUAUAAAACAAUUAUAAACUAUAUCCUAUUCAACUACAUUUGAAAAUAAUAUAUCCAUCUACUUUCAAAUUGGCAUAUAUAAAACAUACUGACUUAUAUAACAGCGAUAUGAGUAUUAGAAUCGAUGUAAUCAUCUAUUUUUUUCAAGAUAUAUCUUCAGACAAGCGUAUAUAUAUAUAUAUAUAUCGAUAAGAGCAAGUAUAUGAUUUGCAAUAUGAUAGCAAACUUGGUCACCUACAAUAUAUUGUCAUAUGUUUCUGUGUUUAUAACUCAUUAAAAAAUGUUUUAAAUUUGCA